CCCUUUCCCCUCAGUGAUCACAGCAUGUCCACCUUCAGCCUCCGUCCCGUCGUCGACCACCCCCCCUCCCCAUCCUCCUCGUCCUCCACAGACCGUAGCCCACCACACAAGCACAGCGCAUCGCCACACGUAUCCAGCGCCCUUCACGGUCAGCCACGGCGACCAAUAUCACCCGGCUUCCUCAGAGACGUCAAUCUCGAACAGGAUGCAAACGACCUUCCGAGAAAAUACCCUGCACCACCUACCGGCCAUGACCUCAUGGCCAUGUUCCCCCCUCAGGCGCCCGCGAACUUCGGAGCCAUUCAGCCUGGGGCGACGAGCCAUUGGUUCCAACGGCAAGAGCGCGCCUUUUUUGCCCAGGCUGGCAAAGAGAUUGUCCGCGUCCGUGUCGAGAUAGACAUGCCGCCGCAGUCUUCGGAAGAGGCCCACGCCUCAUCUAGCAAGCCUCGGGACUCCGUCGGCCCCAGGACGUGGCCUGCGCUUCCACCUCACCCCCACCACUCGCCAUCUCAACCAUCCGCAUCUCACCCCUAUGCACACUCAAAGUCGUCUAGGCAAGCCCGCGCUAUGCCUCCCAUGCCUACUCAGACACCAACCAUGCAUCCCGUUCCCGCUCAUCCAUCUCAACCGCCUCCACACCAUACUCCCGGUUCCUACCAUGCCAACGUCACUUUACGUACAGCGCCCACCGAAGUCCACCAAAGUUCAGGCGCCGCACCAAUGGAAUACACGGCAGGGGAUGACUACCGGGAGAGCUCGGAUGACGCUUGGCGACGGCCCACACCAUACACCGACCGCAGGCGAGCGGGAAAACACACUAAGCGUGUCAUUGUUCGCAACUGAUGUCAGGAGGCAUAUCAUGUCGUGCUCGGAUCAAGCGUACGUUUAUAAUAUAUAUCACUCGC